AUGCAGCGACGAGGUAACCGUGACGUCCGCUUUGCGGCAGAUGACGACGACGAUUCCGACUAUGAGCGAACCUUUACCUACCGGCCCCUGUCCAGGCUGCCCACACCGCCGCCGACCCUGAGCAAGGCGAGCGUGGACCAAUACCAAUCGCUCGAGGGCGAUGAGACGCUAAAUCCGCGAUACCGAGGUCCCGCCAUCCAUCUUGUCAAUCUGAUUCCCGCAUCGGCGUCGCUGGCGAGCGCAUCGGUGCCCUUUGUCCAGGCCAUGCUCUCGAGGGCCGACCUGACCAUGGAGAUGCUGGCCCUGGCGGUCUGCAUCCUCGACAGUCUCGACACAAAGUUUGCCCGCACGUGGCGGCUGUCGUGCCCGCUGUCGUGCCCGCUGCACCCUGACGAUGUCGACUCGACCGCAGCGUCGCCAUCCCUCAUCAAGCGACACUCUCUUCCAUCGACGCCGCGCGACGCUCCCCGCCGGCAGCUUCACAUCGACUCCGUACGUCCCGAAAUCAUCAUCCUGGCCGCCCUUGUUAUCGCGGCCAAGUUCACCCAGGAUCCGCAGCAGCCACCGCAGUUCUACCGUCUGGCGUGGGGCCGCGGCCUGUGGUCCAACGACCAGCUCAACGUCACGGAGCGGUGCAUCAUGGAGAGCCUGGACUAUCGGAUCCUGCCGCUCUGCGACGACGACUGCCUUACCGACGCCAUGGUCGACAUGCAGCUUGCCGCCGAGCUGGAGUCUGGCUCGCGGUGGAAGCCAGCUCGCCAACUCACGCCUCCGGAUAGUGCAGCCAGCAGCGACUGCGAGUUUGUGCCGAGCCACACCCGAUCCAAGACGACGGUUGGCGUGGGGUUUGGCCUGUGA